CCUAUCCUCGGGGAGAAAGUGCUGGCAAGUUUGACACCUCCAAGACGCAUUUUAGAGCAAUAAACUAAAUAACCUCUACAGGAAAGGAUCACCAUCAGAGCACACGGAGAAAACGGUCCAUACUGACUGCCUGUCGAGGUGAAAUAAACAAAGAUGGGGAAGAAAGUGAAAAAAGAAACCGAGACACCCGUUAAAGAUGUGUUUGAUCCUCUUCCCAUUGAGAGCAAGAAGCCAGCCACUGUUGUGCUUAUGCUUAGCUCUCCUGAGGAGGACAUCUUGGCCAAAGCCUGUGAAGCCAUUUACAAAUAUGCAGAAAAGGGUGAUGAGAAUAAGAGCACUCUGGUGGGACUGGGAGCAGUGGAGCCACUUUCCCAACUAAUAUCACACCAGGACCAGCUUGUACGUAGAAACGCCUUCAUGGCCCUAGGAGUCAUGGCUGCCAACAGUGAUGUAAAAAGGCUUUUGGUAAAACUGGGCAUCUUUCCAUCAAUUAUUGCAAAACUAUCACCCGAAGAGGAUGUUGUGGUCCAUGAAUUUGCCACCCUUUGCCUGGUGUCCUUGUCCGUCGAGUUCACCUGCAAGGUCAAGAUCUUUGAAAGCGAUGGACUGGACCCUUUGAUCAAGCUCCUGACCAGCCCGGACCCAGACGUCAAGAAGAAUUCGGUGGAGUGUAUCUACAAUCUUGUCCAGGACUUUCCUAGCCGGAUGGCGGUGCGGGAGCUGAAUGGGAUUCCUCCUCUGCUGGAGCUGCUGAACUCGGAGUUCCCGAUCAUUCAGCAGCUGGCUCUCCGCACACUGGAGAGCAUCACCACGGAUACGGCCACCCGCGCAGCGUUUCGGGAAGAGCAGGGCUUGGAUAGGCUGCUGGAGCUCCUGGCCAAUGAGGAGCUCAGUGACCUGCACAUGGAGGCCCUGCAGGUGAUCUCUAACUGUCUGCAGGACAGUGAGGCUAUGGGCCUCAUCCAGGAGACUGGAGGACUGGAGAAGCUCCUGCAGGUUAUAGUCAAGCCUGUCUCGCCUGAAGUGCAGAUGAAUGCAGCCACAGCCAUCUCAAGAGCGGCUCAGAACAGUGAAAACAAGAGGAUUCUGCAUGAGCACAAUGUGGAGAAGGCCCUGGUUAGCAUGCUGGCUGUGGAUCACGAUGGUGUCCGUACUGCCACCUGUCGGACAGUAGCGGCAAUGAGUGAAAACCUGGCCUGUAGGGACACCUUCAGGCAUCUGGAGGGAAUCCGACCCAUUGUCCUACUACUGAGCAGCGAGUCUGCAGAGGUCAGGGAGGCUGCCGCCCUGGCCUUGACCAGCCUCACUAGCAGCAACCAGCUCAAUGCCUAUGCCGUGUAUGAAGCGGAGGGGGAUAAGUUUCUUGUGCAGCUGCUGCAGGACCGGUGCCAGGGGGCCGUGGCGCACGCAGCGGCUGUUCUCACCAACAUGGCCGCCCAGGAGGCCCUGCGCUGCAGCGCCCUGGCCCACGGUGCCAUUCGGGCUCUGGUUGAGCCCCUGCGGGCAGCUAACACCCGUGUGGCCGCCAGCACCACCCUGGCUGUUGCGGCUCUCGUCUGUGACGCAGAAGGCAGGGCUGAUCUGAGAGAUGCUGGUGGCCUGGCUCCCCUAAUCAAGCUGCUGAACUCAAAUAAUGCAGAGGUCCGUUCAAAUGCAUGCUGGGCUGUACGAGUCUGUGCCAGUGAUGAGCCUACUGCCAUCGAGAUGUGCAAGCUGGGAGCCCUGGAAAUCCUACAGGAGGUCAACUCCUCUCCCAACCGCCAGAGCAAAUUCAGUGAAGCGGCCCUUCAGAGGCUGCUCGACAGCAACCUCUCUGUGAAGUACAGCCUGGCCGGCUACCUGUCCUCCACCAACAUCACAGUGGAUGGAUUUUAUGACCCGGGCAAGGCACACGCGGGUCAACGGGUCCUCACGCUGGAAGAGCUGUCUAAGCAGGAAGUCAACCAGCAUCGCCCUGUCAUUGCAGUUAAUGGAAAACCUGAGCAGCUGGUAUCUGUAGAUUUGCCGGAAGACAAGCAGCAGGAUAGCCUGGUCCCGACCCGGUCCUCAUCCGUCCUGAGCAAGAGCAGCAGUAAAACCCUUUGUAGGGCUAAGAGCAGAAGGAAGGAGGACGAGAAGCAGAAGGAUGAGGAGGAAAGUAGGGCGGUGGAGGCGGCAGUGGAAAAGCCCUGGGCCCCGCCGUACGACGUAGAGUUUCAAGACCUGGUCACAGAGGCGGCCAAGACCGUCCUGCCUCUCCGGGAUGAGAGGGAACAGUGCAUCGUCCUGGCCCAGCUGGUGAGUGACUCCAUGGGCGGGGCUGUGGACCGGGAGAAGCUGCAUCACUUCCUGUGGGAGCUGCACCUCAGCGAGCUGAAGCUGGAGCUCCAGUCUAACGUCAUCCCCAUCGGCAAGAUCAGGAAGGGCACCUUCUACCACAGGGCCCUUCUGUUCAAGGCUCUGGCAGAUAGGAUCGGGGUCAGCUGCAGCCUGGUCCGCGGAGACUACAACCGCGCUUGGAACGAAGUCCGGCUCAUGGAGAGCCCCCUGAAGGCCCCGGGACGCUAUCCGCAACCUCGGACCUACGUCGUCGACCUCCUGCACACUCCGGGGAACCUUCUGAGAAGCGACUCACCUGCAGCCAUUCAGUACCAGACCAUUUGAAAGCAAAUGAAAUCGUGGAGUAAUGCCCUGGCCUAUGACUGGGAACAGAAUGAUGCUAGCUGGACUUUGCGCUAUUGUGCUAAUGCUACACACUUCACAUUUUGAAGCAGUACUGCUACUGAAAAUGCAGUGCAAAUGAAUGUGUUGGACGAAAAUUCAACAAUUACGUAAGGAGUGAAGGACUUUAUUCCCGGUGGGGAAGCAAGAUUUUGUCAAUAUGCUACAGUUGGAGGCGAACAGGCUUAAACUUGACUGAAGCGGAUCUAUGAGUCUGUGUCCACAGUGUUUCAGAAAAUAAAACCGUUAGGCUUGGCCACUCCGACCUUCCUUAAAACCCAUCUCCCUCCCCAACUGCUUUGCGGUCCAUCUGCGUUUUUGUUUGGGUGUAAGUGUCAACAAGAUCUCAACAACUCAGUCACCUGGGUGUGAUUGACUUUUUUUCUUGUGACGACUAUUCAUUAUUAAUCCCCAUAGCCUACAGCUAUCCUGUGUAAAGCAUUUGUUUUACACAGAAACAUUUACAUUUUGUUAAUGAUUAACAUAUAUUGUUAAUUAUGUAUUGUGAUAAAUAUUUAUUAAGUUCAUGAAUAUUGUGUGCGAUUUAAUGUUUGUAGUGCACUGAUUUUUAUUGUUUUAUG